AUGCUGCCGCCGGAGGUACGGUCUGCUAUGUCCGUCUCAGGGCGAUGGCUUUAUGCCAUUCCUGCUAUGCUUUACACCUUGCAGAACCGUCUCGUGUUUGAGGCUUUACAAAGAAUAUCGCCUCCCGAAUACCAGCUGCUGAACAACAUGAAGCUCUUCACCACCUCGCUUGUGUUUCGCGUCGUCAUGCAACGACAGCUUCGGGUAUUGCAGUGGAUGGCACUUGUCCUCUUGGUCCUCGGCAUGGCCUUGGCCACGGCCCCUUGUGGAGACGGCAGGGAUCCUACAGUCCAGGCCAACCGUUCGGAUGUUUGGAUGGGUGUUGCGAUCAUGCUGGCCGUGUCGUGGUGCUCAGCAUUAGCUGGGGUUCUCAAUGAGUGGCUCAUCAAGAGAAGUGCAAGCGUACUGGAGGCCAACAUAUGGCUUUAUGGAUUCGGUGUGGUUGCCGCAGUUUUUCAACUCUGGGCAAUGGACGGCACGGGCGUCCAUGAUGCCCUCAGUGGCUUCACAUCGCUGCUGCCCUGGAGUGUUGUGGUGUGCAACGCCAUCCUCGGCCAGUCCAUUGCCUUUCUUUUCAAGUAUGCGGAUUCCAUUGUGAAGCUUUAUGCCGUGAGUGCCGCUAUGGCCUUUACAGCUUUGUUCUCCGCAAUCUUCCUUGACUUUAGCAUGGGCUUUCACAACGCUGCUGGCUACCUCGUCAGCUUUUUCUCAAUGUGCCUGUACUAUGCGCCAAACGAAGUGUUGCUCUCGACUGACGUGGAAUUCAUAAAGCAAGUCACAGCAGCAUCUGAAGCCAAGACGGACAAGGCCAAGUAA